GUGAUAUUGAACUUCUGCUAGACCGCUAACUAGCUGGAGUUUGUUGUUCCUUCAGCAAUCGCUUCUAGAGUAGCUGUCAUUUUCUAGCUUUUCGAGGUUGACACAUCGUGUUCUUGUGGUGACCGGAGGUAGAAUUUAGCUAGAAAGAAGUCACGCAGUGUGGAAAUAAACCUGGUGUAUGUGUAGUAGGUACAUUUGCAACCUCGCCCAUUGGCUAGCUAACGCUAAGCGUUAACCUUGUACGAUAACGCUAGUGAUCUGCUAACAGUACAUAAAGUACAGUUAGCUAACUUAACCAGGCUUGCUGAGCUCAGCCCCUAACAAAUUAAUUUGAAGUGAUGCACUGAGGUGUAUCUGUUGUUGAACCAUCAGGAUGGCAGGGUCCCAGUGGGAGCUUCCUCCAGAGCUAUGUUGCCGGCCCAUGGCAUUUGUGGCUUUGACUGGCCUGGAUGUGGUAUACAAUGCUGUGCACCGGGCCAUUUGGGAUGCCUUCUGUGCCAAUCGUCGCGCUGACAGAGUCCCUAUCUCUUUCAAAGUGCUACCAGGAGACCACGAGUACCCAAAAUGUCGCACUAAGCGAACAUCAUAUGAGUGGUACAUCCCUAAAGGCAUCCUGAAAACCGGCUGGAUGAACAAACAUUUAAACCUGGUACCUGCUCUUGUAGUCCUGUUCUAUGAAUUGGACUGGGAUGAUCCGCAGUGGAAAGAGAAACAGUCUGAAUGUGCAACUAAAGUGGAGAUUGUUAGGACCAGUCUUCAGGGUAGAAACACCAAAGUGGCUGUGGUUUUAAUCCAGAAGAAAACUCCUCUGCCUCCAGGAGAGGACCUGGUAGCAUCAGAGCGGGCACAAGCUCUCUGCCACGCCUGUGAUCUGUCUGGCAAGAGCCUCUUUGUUCUCCCUCACACUGACCACUUAGUGGGCUACAUUAUAAGGUUGGAGAACGCGUUCUACGAACAUGCUCAGACCUAUUAUUACACUGAGAUUCGGCGUGUCAAAUCUCACAAAGAGUUCCUCAACAAGACAACCCACCAGAUCUGCCGCCUGUGUUUCCAGCAUAACACUCCUCUAGAUGCUAUAGCCCAGUUCAGAAAGCACAUCGACCUGUGUAAGAAGAAGAUCGGCAGCGCUGAACUAGCCUUUGAGCACUCUGCGUGGAUGUCUAAACAGUUCCAGUCAUUUGGGGAACUGUUUGAUGAAGCUAUAAAGUUGGGACUGACUGCAAUCCAGACCCAGAACCCUGGAUUUUACUACCAGCAGGCUGCGUGCUACAGUCAGGACAGGAAGCAGCUGGCACAGCAGCUCUGUCAGGCUGGUGCAAGUUACCCCUCCCCCGACCCUCUGGACACCCAAGGCGCAGGACUGGAUUUCUAUGGCCAGAGACCUUGGAGACAGGGACAACAGAGUAUUGAUCCUCCAGAUGCUGAAAAAGAGAAGACGGGGAUUCUAGCUCUGCAGGUUAAAGAGAGAGAUGUACCACAUUCUGAGCUGAUAAUAGCACUUCUCAGCAACGCCGUCGCCCAGUUUAAGAAGUACAAGUGUCCUCGAAUGAAGAGCCACCUCAGUGCCAGGCUGUGUGAAGAAUCGUCUUUAUUCAUUUGUGUGUGUUUUCUUAUCAGGCUGUUGGACUAUGUGAUGUGUGACUAUCGCACAGAGCGAUGGUGGGGUCUCCUGACAGCCAUAUUGACCACAGCUCUACGCUGUGCUUAUCUGAUGGCUAGUAUUAAGGACUACAUUAUCUACUGUAUGGAGCUGCUGGGCAGAGCUUCCACCCUCAAGGAGGAGCAAAAGUCAAGGAUUGAGAGGAAUCUCAUCAAAGUCCUCACGAACGAGGUCCCAGAUGCUGAGCCGGAGUGUGAUCCGUCUUCUGUCACUGCUGCCAGGUCUUUGUGGAAUGACCGCAUGGCUUUGGCUGGAUCGAACGAACUAACUAUAGAAGUGCAAGACUACAUCCCAUUCAUCCAGUGUAAAGCCAAAUUCCAGUCUCCCAGUUUCCACGUGGACCAGCCUGUCCAACUGCAGGUCUUCCUCCGAGCUGACUGCCCUCAUCCCGUGUCUUUCAGCAAGCUAGCUGUCAGCCUCAGUAACCAGGAGUAUAACCAGUGGUGUGUGGCAGAGUGGUCGGGCCAGGAGGCCAUGAGUCUGUUACCAGGAAAAACCACCUGCUACAACUUCAGCUUUGUGGCAAAAACUGAAGAUGUUGGUAAGAAGAUCGAGAUGACGGGUAUCGAGGUGAUGCUGGGUGGCGACGGUGGUCGCUGUGUGUUUGUGAGCUGGAGAGGAGCAGGUGGAGACGCUGCGUCUGCACAGGAAGCCUUGCAGGCCAGCAGGUGUUCACGGCGUUGGGGCCGUAACAUCGAAGCACGUCAGGAGCUGGACUGGGACAGCCUGACCGUGCAGCACAGCACCAUGAUCAUCUCCAGAGUCCCAAAGAUCUCUGUUCAGCUGAGCCACCAGCCGCCUGCGCUCACCAAUGAAAUGUACUGCAUCAAGCUGACUGUCCAAUCACAGGAGGAGGCCAUGGCUAAAGAUGUUAAAUUAACUGCUGGCCUCAAACCAGGUCAGGAUGCCAAUCUAGGCCAGACCACUCACGUGACACUUGACGGAUCGAAGUUUUGCGAUGACAGCGAGCCUUCUUUGCUCCCCGAUGUGCCUCUGGGAGAGCUGAAACCGGGUGAAAAGCUGGAGAAAUGCGUGUAUGUCAAGUGUGUAUCAACCGGACCCAGGGUCUUCUUGUUCCACGUGGCCUACGCCAUCGACACCACCGUAGAAGGACGACAGAUUAUGUGCAAGUGUCACAAGGAUGAGACGGUAACCAUAGAGACGCUUGUUCCAUUUGAGGUUUCGGUCAAGUUUGUGUCCACCAAG